UUUCGCACUCACUGCCAUACUUUAGUUUAUUAUACAAAUGCUGAAAUACAGGUUCUUUUCUCUUUUCCUCUCAGACCUGUAACGUGCUCGAAAAUGCCUUUCAUGUGCGAGGCACUAAAGGGGAAAAAUAUACUUGUUGGAUUUUUAGGCGAAAAUAAACAUCAACCCGCUGAAACAGUACUUGUCAAACGGGUCAUUAUGCACCCUAGAAGAAAAAAGGGUACACCUGGUACUGACAUAGCACUAUUAGAAUUAAUGCAUUCCAUUUCUUGCACAGAAUACACUAAACCAAUUUGUGUCAAACCACCAGAAAAUAUUAUUAUACCGGGCAAGAUAAUGCAUGUUGCUGGUUUUGGUCGCACAGCAAUACACAAUCGUUCGAAAGAACUUCGAGAAGGUACUUCACGUAUUGUUGACGGCAGCGUAUGUCGCUCUCGUUUUAAAAAAUUCCUACCUUCAAAAGAACUCUGUGCAAUGGCAAAUGAACGUACAAGGGUUUGCGUGGGUGAUUCUGGAACUUCCGGAUUCCUUGAACAUAAAAACAAGUUUUAUACCGUGGGUGUGGUUUCUUUUGGUGACGAUCUUUGUAUGUUGAACAAGCCUGCUGUGUUCACGAAAACCGGAGCCUACUUGGACUUCAUCAGAGAACAUGUCAAAGAUCUUCCAAAACAGCCUCAUGGAUAGCCUUUAUCAUCGAGGUAGAUGAAAAUGAUCCGUCGGGUUUUCUUCAUUUUGUGAAAAUAAAGACAGAAACUCAUGUAAAAGAUUUAGUUUUG